CGUCGCGCACGGCCUCGCGCCGCCCCUCGAGGAGGCGCCCCUCGAGGAGGCGCUGGAGGCCGCCGCCGAGGACGAGCGCCUCUCCGCGGGGCAGGCGUUCGCGCUGCUCAAGGCCGCGGAGGAUGGCGACGAGCGCGUCGCGGAGCGCCUCGUCGCGCAGAAGACGGCGAGCCCCAUCUACCCCGCGGGCCCGCGCACGGUGCUCGUCGACAAGUCGGCCGCGGCCGCGCCGUCCGCGGCGACGGGGCGCGUGAAAGUCAAAUUCGGUGGCCACUCGCGGCCGCAGUGGUCGCGCGACGACGCGGGCCUCGGCGUCGCGUCGCAAUCCCUGGGCCAGUCGCGCGACAACGCGCUCCAGCUCCAGGGCAAGCUCUUCAUCCUCGUGCGGCGGCGCGUCGUCGACGGCCAGCCGCCCCCGGACAACGACUUCGAGGUCUCGGGCGUGCGGAUCGUCCAGUUCUGGGACAAGGCGACGCCGCCGCCGCCCGUCGCGCCGCCGCCGCCCGCGCCGGUCUACGCGCCACCGCCGGCGCCCGCGCCGGAGCCCUACGACGACGCGCCGCCGGAGCCCUACGACGACGCGCCGCCGGAGCCCUACGACGACGCGCCGGCGCCGCCCUACGACAGCGCGCCGCCGGCGCCCGCGCCGAGCGACCCGCGGCUCGCGGCCCGGGCGCAGCAGUCCGCGACGCCGACGCUCACGCCCACGGCCGCGCCGACGCCCUCGGCGCUGCAGCUGGACUGCCUGGCCAAGGCCGUCCAGGACCUGUCGUUGCUGCAGCGCAACAUCGAGGCGUCGCGGUCGCCCCGCGAGGCCUUGCCGAUCACGGCGCAGGCGCAGGCGCUCAUGCUGCACCUCCCCAAGUUCUACAGCGACCAGCGGAUCCGCGACAUGUUAGCGUCCGCGAACGACUUCGCGGCGACGUUCGAGCCCCCCGAUAAUGCGCGCACCGCGGACGUCGACGCGAAGGUCGCGACCUAUUGGGCGGCGGAAGCGGCGCGGCCCCUCGCCGCUCUCCUCGACGAGAAAGGCUACGAGCUCGUAACCGGCGACGCCCUCAGCGAGGUCGGCGACGACACGCAGCUCGUGGUGGCCCAUCCGGGAAUCGACCGCCUCCUGAACCACAAGUGCCUGCUCGCGGGGGCCCGCGCGCGCCUUGGGCAGAAGAUCGUGGUCGUGGGUCCGGACGAGCUCGAGGACUUCCCCGCCUUCUCCGCGUCCGCCGCGGCGACGAGCUCCCUCGACGAGCCGAGCCUCUUCGUGCCGUCGGACACGCGAGGCGCCGUCUCCGACUUCGCGCACCUGACCUACUGCUCCUGCACGGACGCCGACUGCCAGCUUCUGCACGGCUGCCGCGGCGCGAAGCACCACGGCACGGACGAUUACUGGUUGCCCCGGAGCGCGUUUGACGCGAAGCUCGACGGCACGGGCACGAGGAACAACCCGUCAUGUCGAUGCUGUGUGCGGGAUUCUAAAGCCGUGCGGACGCAGCGCAACCGCGAGCUCGUCAUCGAAUCGCGCACGAUGAAAUUAGGCUACGUCGACUGCAGUCCAGUGGCGCGACGCACUCGACGACUGGCGCACGCGGCCUUUGCGUUGGACGAAAUCGCCGCCGCGAGGCGGCUCGUCGGCGACCCUACGCGGCGCGUUUUCGUCAUGGUCUACGUCGUGUCGACGACGACGAAGAGGGGGCUGCGGACGGUGAUCAUGGAGGGCAACUGGAACGGCAGCAUCAAAUACGGCUGCAUCUACCUCUACGACGCGGUCACGGGGGAGCGGCGCUCUUUUACGGAGAAAGAAAUGUCGCAGCUCACGGUCACGCUCCCGGACGGCUCCGAGGUGCCGCAGCCCGAGGGCAAGCUGGUGAUGAACUGCUUGGGUGAGUUCGGGCUGCCCACGGACACGGAGCACGAGCUCCAGUGCGACCUCGACCGCCACGCGUUCUACGUGGACGACGCGGUCGUCCCCCUGUGGUCGGGCUACCACCCGAGCUGCAUGGGCUACGCGCCGUGGCACGUGGGCUUCCGCGUGCUGAUCGGCGAUGCCGACGGGAACCCGCCGGGCUCGCGGGACCGCUUCCGCGCCUACGUCAAGGACGGCCUGGACGACAAGCUCGCGCGGCGCAUCGAGCUGUACGCGGACACUUCGACGUGCGACUUCGACGACGCGUCGAAGAUCGACUCCGAGGCCUGCAAGAACAGCCCCGGCGCGCUCAAGUGCGAUGAGAUCGCGGACCCAGAGGCGUGCCUCGACCACAGCGUCGCGAAGCUGAACACGUGCGAGUAUUGCUCGAGCACGAACACGUGCCACGAGACGCAUUCGCCCAGGAACACGUGCACCAAGGAGUGCUGCGCAUCGGAGUCGAUGACGUCGAUGUGCGACCGGAACUCGAUCGCCGCGAUCGAUUUCGACGCGUGCUCGAAGACGUUUUUGCUGAACGCGACGGCGUGGAGGAACAUCGGCACAGACUACGCGUGGCCCGAGGCGAGCCUCGACGUGAUCAGGACGAGGCCGAGCGUCGGCGUCGGCUUCAGCGGCGGCGGCACUCGCGCGUACGCGGCCGCGGUCGGUCAGACCCAGGCGAUGCGGGCACUCGGCCUCUUCGACGGGGUGAGGUACGCGUCCGGCGUCAGCGGCGGCGCGUGGUUCGUCUCGGCGCUCACGUACGACCAGGGCGGCGACGACGACGCGCUCCUCUGCCCGUACGUCGCGCCCGGGAAUCUGACGCUCGCGGCCAUCGCGCACUUGCCAGAGGGAUGCAUGGCCGACGCGACGACCUACGACUUCCUCAAGAACGUCUACGCCAAGGGCCUCAGCAAGCUCUUCGAGAAGGACGAGCUCCUCGAGGACGUCUGGAAGGAGGUCAUCUCCGAGGCGAUCUUCGCCCCGAGGGGCAUCAAGGACGACGCGCGCGCCGCCUGGGACGCGGACGCCGCCGCCGCAUACAAGGCGCGCUCGCCGAACCUCGAGGACUGGGACUUCGUCUGGCCCCAGCACGAGCGGCCCUACCCCAUCGUGUCAGGGACGCUCAUGGGCCCGGAGGACAUGAAUCCCUAUUCCAAGAACAACCGCUCCUUCACGAUCAUCCAGUACACGCCGCUCUACUCCGGGAACCCCUACAGCAGCACGAUCACCUACUCGUCCCAGGACGGCUGCGACGACGACGACCACUGCAUCUCCAAGUCCGAGACGAUCCGCGUCGGGGGCUUGGUCUCGUCCUACGCCUUCGGAGGAGACGUGCCCGUUGGCAACGCGUCCCUCUCUGGCGACGAGACGUCCGGCGACUUCCUCGUCCUCGCUCCCAAGGAGGGCGCGACCGUCCAGCUCGCGGCGACCAUCAGCUCCAUGGCGCCCGCGGCCUACGUCGCACAAAAGGCCCAGCCCUUCGAGACCGUACUCUCGACGGUCUUCUCGUGGGCCGUCGACGCUCCGUCCGAGUCCGCGCGCCUCUUCCUCACCGCCGACGGCGGGUGCCUCGAAAACUUUGGCGUGAUCCCCCUCCUCCAGCGCAAGCUCGAAAAAGUCGUGCUCUUCGUCAAUUCCAAGGUCAAGCUCUCGACCGCCGGGGCCUGGGACCCGAACACGACGCCGGGCCUCGACGACAUCGACCUCAACAUCCCCGCGCUCUUCGGCAUCUUCCUGGCACCGGAGCCGUCCGUCGCGGGCAUCGACCAGGGCUCAGACCUCUCCUCCGUUCAAGUCUUCGAUCCCAAGGACUUCCCAAAGCUCGCUGCGGCGCUCCAGAAGAGCCAGGCCGACGGCAUCGGUGCCAUCGCCGACGUCGAGCUCACGACCGUCGAGAACACCCACCACGGCAUCCCCGCGGGCCAAGCGGUCCACCUCGGCGUCGUCCUGCUCACGACGACCGUCGCGUCGUCCUUCAAGGACGCCGUCACGGACGCCGCCAUGAAGCAGGCCAUCGAACUCGGCGAGGCGGGCACGGGCGACUUCGACUCCUUCCCGUGCUACGACACAUUCACACAGAUGACGCUCACGGAGACGCAAGCCUACCUCCUCCUCUCCUACACGUCCUUCCUCGUGCGCGAGAAUCGCGCCUGGUUCGAGAAGAUGCUCCCUAAAGCCGUCUCGCUGGGCACGGUCGGCGCGGCCGUGCGCGUCGUCGGCGCCGCCGUCGUCGGCGCGGCCGUGGGCGCGGCGUUCGGCGCGGGCGACGCGGGCGUCGGCGCCGAU